GUCAGCUGUUCGCGGUCCGCCCGGCGGCAGCGGCGGCAGUUUGGCGGUGGGGAGGCGCGGCGGCGGCUCCCGGGACGCCCCGGCCCCGCGGGACGCCCGUCCCGCUUCUCGGCCUGAAAUUCCUCUUGCUAGUCUUCCAUUCUGUUAAAUGCUUCGCAAACCAGAGCAAAGGAAGAGACAUGAAGAGUUGAAUUUCACUGCCUUGUUUGGAACUGGGUGGAAAUCCUGGAGAUGGAUCUCUUAGGAGACUGUCUUCCAAUUGGGUUAGAUGCACAGGAGCAAUGGAUCGCCCCAGCUACCUGGAAGAGGACUAUUCUAGCCUGGAUGGGCUGGACGAUGACGUGUUUCACUCUGAUGACUUUGGACUUGCAGGUCAGCCUGGUGAGAUGACUGCAACUGGCAUUUUCACACAGAACCAGUCCUACAGCUGCCUUCUGGGGAGGUUUCAACUAUUCCCCCUCACACACUGCUGUGGUCCCGGUAUCAGGCAUCCUGAGCAGCAGGACAAGGCAACUCAAACACUCAGCCCGUCCUCUUCCAGUCAGGAUGUUAUGUUGCCUUGUGGAGUCACUGAAGAGCCCCGGAGACUCUUCUAUGGCAAUGCUGGUUACCGUUUACACGUCCCUCCAGUUGGCUUUGCAUUGGAUCCACACCUCCAAGAGGAGCCUCAGGAAGGUCAGCGGGAAGCGCGUGCCGAGGUGCAGAUUGCACGGAAGUUGCAGUGCAUUGCUGACCAGUUCCACCGGCUCCACAUACAGAGGCAUCAGCAGAACAGAAAUCAAGUGUGGUGGCAGCUUUUUCUCUUCCUACACAACUUGGCCUUAAACGCGGAGGCGAACAGGAACCACACUGGGCAGAGGUGAGCUUCGCCCGCCUGUUUCAGGCCGCAUCCAGUCUGCAGGGAGCACUGAACAAACACUGGUUCGGGGGCGAGACAUUGCACACCGCCGGCCGGAUGUGAGGACUCUGAAUUUCUGAUACUCGUCUUCAAGUUUGGGGUUUUUUACGGACUCUUCUUUGCUGCUGCCUGCCUCACGAGGCAGGGAGCUCUUGUCCAACACUGUUGAAGGAAAGCCAGAAUGUGGGUGUGUUUGGUAAAGCUUGCUGCUGGUUCCCCGCGCCAGUGACCUCUGUGCAAGGGAGGCAGGUAUUAGACUAACGGCUUCCUCUGCCCUAUGUGUUAGUCAAUGGUAGAGUGCAGGAGUGACAUUUUGGCUGCUAGUUAAAAAUGAUGCCUGGGAUUGAUGACUCUAAACAUACUUUGGGUAUCUUCCAGAGCAGAGAUGCUCAAUUCCUCCACAAAGAAAGUUCUUUUUAGCAAUGAAAACAUUCAUGUAGCUUAUAUCCAUCAGGUUACUUGUUUUCUGCAUGGGUUACUGUUUAUUUCCUUGCAUGCUGUGUGAGAGAAAAUCACAAAGAAAUAGGAUCUCUUCAAUCUUUCCAUUGGGCACCAGUUGCAGCUCUCUCACAUGAAGUUGUUCUUUAUCAUUGCCAUCAAUAGAAAAAUCAUUUCAGUAGAACAGUCUUAAAGUUAAACCUUCCUGGGGUUGCUGGUGGCUAUUAGUUUCUGCCACUGUUUGCUUCCAGUUCAGUGUUCGCAGUGCCCGUGAGCCAGCAUGAAGCCAAAAACCAUGGAAUAUGACACAAGCAUCAUUCUUCUAUAAUGCUAAUGUAUAUGUUUUUAUUAUUUUUAUGAUGGGUGUUUAUUUUGUUUUGUUUUUCUUUUCUCUUACUAUAAUGUGGUCGGUCAGGAAGGCUUAGGUUCCAGGCAUCUGAUAGUUUUGCUUCAGGAUUUGACAGGGAAAUUAAUUAGCAACUAGUCUGACAUGUA